CGUUUAUUACUACCACAUCGCCGUAACGAGCUUCUCUCGUUUCUUCCUUCCCCUACGCCUACACCACCACUCCUUUGUCCUUACCGGAGAGAGGUCGGCGCUCUUCGCGGCCGCCGCCGAAACCAUCCCGGGCGGAGGCGGCCGGCGAAGAGUCACUCCCCCCCUUCGUCGUGAGUAGAAGUGAGUAGUCACCUCCUGCUACUCCCGGCGCUCUCUGCGGUGUCGGGGGUUGACCGCGAUCUCAGAUCCACCGAAUCCGAUUCCCCGGCACGAACGAGCCGAAUCGGGAGCCCCUAAACCCUCAAUCGUCCGCGGCGCCGCCGAACCACCUGGCCUCCGACUCUCCCUUUACUGGGUGAGCUCACCUUUUGCUGUGAUCCCACGGGACCCGAGGCGCAACCCGCCCCCUUGUCCCCUUGUAGGAUCGGAGCGUCGACGAUGAUCGUCGGGAGGAAGAAUGCCGGCAAGGCCUCUUCCUUCUUGCUCAUCCUCAUCUCGGUCGGCUGCUUCUUCGCGACCUACAACUUCCUGACAAUGGUGGGCCACAGCCGAAGCGGAGACGGGCCACGCAAAUUGCUCGGCGGCGGCGAUCAGGGCGGUGCCGUCGCCUUCGGGUCUGGUUCGGACCCGUCGAAGAGGUUCCACGUCGCCCUUACGGCGACGGAUGCGCUGUACAGCCAGUGGCAGUCGCGGAUAAUGUACUACUGGUACAAGCAGAUGAGAGUCAGGCCUGGCUCGGAUAUGGGCGGCUUCACGCGGAUCCUUCACUCUGGAAAGCCGGACGGUUUGAUGGAUGAGAUACCCACCUUAGUUGUUGACCCCCUCCCUGAAGGCGCUGACAGGGGUUACAUUGUCCUCAAUAGACCCUGGGCAUUUGUCCAAUGGUUGCAGAAGGCGAACAUCAAGGAGGAUUAUAUACUUAUGGCUGAGCCAGAUCAUAUCUUUGUGAAGCCUUUGCCAAACUUAGCUCACGGUGAAGAACCUGCCGCAUUUCCCUUUUUCUACAUCAAACCAACUGACAAUGAGAAGAUACUAAGGAAGUUCUUUCCAGAAGAAAAAGGUCCUGUCUCAAAUAUUGAUCCUAUUGGCAACUCCCCUGUGAUUAUCCAGAAGGCCCAGCUUGAGAAGAUUGCUCCAACCUGGAUGAAUGUUUCGCUAAAAAUGAAAGAGGAUGUGGAGACAGACAAAGCUUUUGGAUGGGUCUUGGAAAUGUAUGCAUAUGCUGUUGCAAGUGCAUUGCAUGGUGUGCACCACAGCCUCCAAAAAGAUUUCAUGAUUCAGCCUCCAUGGGACGCGAAAUCAGACAACACAUUCAUCAUCCAUUAUACUUACGGAUGUGACUAUUCAUUAAAGGGUGAGCUGACUUAUGGUAAGAUCGGGGAAUGGCGUUUUGAUAAGAGAUCUUAUCUUCGCUCACCACCACCGAGAAAUCUUUCAUUACCCCCUCCAGGAGUUCCUGAAAGUGUG